AUGACAGCCGGGACCGUGGUCAUCACAGGCGGAAUAUUAGCGACUGUCAUUUUGCUUUGUAUCAUCGCCGUCCUCUGCUACUGUAGGCUCCAGUACUACUGCUGCAAGAAGGAUGAGUCCGAGGAGGAUGAGGAGGAGCCCGACUUCGCCGUGCACUCCCACAUCCCGCCGCUCCCCUGCAACCGCAACGUAGUGCUGACCACCGAGUAG